AUGUUAGAUAGCUAUACUGCAAUGGAAAUGGUUGAGAAAUUGAGUGAUACUGUAUUCACUUGCAGAUCAUUCACAGUUGAUCUUGUUAUAUACAACAUUGAGCUACAGAAUGGUUUUCUGCAAAACUGCACUUGCCCUGAUACUUCUAAGCUUUGCAAGCAUAUCUUUCUCAUCAAUCGCAUGCUAGAUAUUCCUUACUCUUUGUGCCAAAGUCUUUCCUCCUCCUCCUCUGCUGUCCAUGUAUCUAAUACUGAUACUAAAGCAGUAGUUGACACUUCCCUUCUUUCUGACGAGAUAGAAGCUGAUAUCAUAAACUAUUAUCAAUUAUACUCGGUUGAACUUGACAGCAAGAUAGCCGCGUACAUGGAAAUCUCAGAAGAUGUGAGCAAGUUCUUAAAUACGUUGAAGUUUGCAUACAAUAAGCUGACAAAAUAUGGCUUCCCCUCUCAAUCGCGUCCACCUCAACAAAGAUAA